UGCAGACGAAUAGUGCUCCGCAAAAGGUUUGAUGAUUCCAGUUUAAUAGCGUUUUCAUUCGACGGCAGAAAAGAUGAUACUUAUACGAGAGAAAAAAUUGAUGGUUAGUAUCAUAGUAGGAUGGUAAAAGAACCUCACCUUGUUAUUUUGAGAGAACCGAAUUCUCGAUUGAUUGGUUACGCAAGACUGGUAGAGGAAAGUGCUGAAUACAAAACAACAAAAUUGAAUGAAUUUUUCAACGAUAAAAACAUAUCUCUGGAUGCAUUGAUUGGCAUAUGCACUGACGGUGAGCCAACAAACACUGGCACACACGGUGGAAUUAUACGAAGAUUCGAAUUGCUGCUAAAAAGACCAUUGCAUUGGUUUGUUUGCCUUCUACACUUCAACGAACUUCCGUUUCGACAUUUGUUUGGGGUUUUGGAUAAAUCAUCCACCACUGGACCAACAUCAACAACCGGGAAACUAAGCAAGCAAAUUGAAAAUUCUGAAGCUCUUCCGGUGGUGAGCGACUUUCAGAGAAUGGCGUUGGAAAAUAUGCCUCCUGUUGCAGAACAGCACGAAUAUUCCACCGAUUCGCAGUACUUAUACGACAUGGCACAUGCAAUUUCUAAUGGCGUGGUUUCUGUGGAUCUGGCUAACAUAAAACCAGGGAAAAUUGUACAUUCUCGCUGGCUCACCAAGGCCGCUAGAUUAUAACGAUUAUAUGUGACAAUGAAAAAACCACCUAAAAAUUUAAGAAUUCUGGUUGAAUUUAUAAUUAAGGUUUAUGUGCCAAUGUAUUUUAAUAUCAAGUAUUACAGCUCUGUCGUGUACGGUAGUGUAUUAUUUUUCAAGUACAUUACUUGGGCACAAUCUCUGGAGCCAAAUUUACGCACUGUUGUCAAUCAUGUAAUUAAAAAUAAUCCAUAUUUUGCACAUUCGGAAAAUAUCUUGCUAUCAAUGUUGUUUGAUGAUAGGAAAGAGGUGCGCGACUCUGCUAUCAAGAAAAUUUUACGAUAUCGAGACAAUGUUGAAGACCCAUCGGAACUUAGAGAAUAUAAAAAACCAGAUAUAAACUUCCAUUGCUUCGAUUACACGAAAAUGAUCGAUUUGACUGAUAAAAAUAACGUAUUUGAAUCACCAUUCACGCGAAUCAUUCCCUAUGAAACAUUGAUAGCAUAUUUAAAUGAAGAUGAUUCACCAUUUACUGAUCCGCAUAUUCCAUUACAUAUACAAGGAACGGAACAACACGUUCAACUGCUAGCUAGCGUUUCCAAACGAGUAAUAUCGGAAAAUGUAGAGGCUGUUAUGGAG